CCGAGAUGGCACAGGCUUACAAGAUAAUAUUUUUCUGUGUUUUUGUAACAUCACUUUGUGUUGUCUUUGCUGAAGAGAAGCGAACUGUGUCAGAAACAAUCUUCGCAAAGAACUUUUUGAGACGAUAUCACUACCUCUCACCACUGAAAUCUGGAAAUCAUGACUGGAAAACCGCCUUACAACUGUACCAGGACCUUAUGCAGCUACCAGUGACUGGUAAACUAGACGAUGCAACCUUAAAAGAGAUGCGGAAACCAAGAUGUGGAUUUCCUGACGUGGAAGAAGACUACGAAGGCACAGGGAUAACAAAGCGAUUCGGAAUAUCAGCCCAGCCAUGGAGCUCGUCAUCUCUGACUUAUGGAUUUGUUAACUACUGCCAAGACUUGACGCAGUCCGUUUGUGAAAACAUCAUCAGCAAAGCUUUUAAAGUUUGGUCAGACAGCUCUGUACUCACUUUCACUAAAGUCUCUGAUAUAUCUAAAGCAACCAUCAAAAUCGCUUUUGUUCGUGGCUCCCAUGGCAACUGUCCAUACUCUUUCGAUGGUAAAAAUGGCGUGUUGGCGCAUGCGCAGUACCCUACUGGUGGUGAAAUUCAUUUUGAUGAAGACGAAGUGUUCACUGAUAAUAUCGAUGAUCCUUUGAAGCGUUCAUAUGACUUGUUUUCAGUGGCUGUCCAUGAAGUCGGCCAUGUUGUAGGUGUUGCUCAUUCUGUUAACAAAAGUUCCAUUAUGCAUCCCGAGUAUGAAUUCAAGAGUAAAAACAUACAGCUUCAUCAAGAUGAUAAAAACGCCGUAGACUUCUUGUAUGCUGGAGGAACCGCUAAGCCCUUUGCAACUCAGCCCUCACACUGUGCAGAUAACAGUCCAUCGUGUGCACAAUUCAAGUUCAUGUGUGAUUUAGUGUCGGGAAACAUGAAGAAAAACUGUCCCUAUACAUGUGGUCAUUGUUCAGCUCUAAACUCAAACUGUGUCGACAUAAUUCACAUACCUAAAUGGUGCCAAGCUUAUAAAAAUAUGGGAUUUUGUGGUCUUCCUUCGAUAAAAGCUAAUUGCAUGAAAACGUGCGACGUCUGCUAAUGAACAUGAACUAGAAAAAACCUGAACAGGACUGGAAAAAGACACUAAAUAGAAUAACAUAUUGUAAAAAUAGAUAUAACCUGAUGACGAUUAAAAGAUUAUGCAAGACA